CAGGCGAGAUAACUUUGUUUCCGUUGUCUAGCGAGAUUGAAAACAAUCAAAAACAGACAUUAAUGAAAGGAAGAGUAGCCACAAAGUCCUGUGGAAUCAUGAACUUCUUUUUGCUCUUCACCAUCAUCAUCAUAUUCCUAACUUUCAACUCAGCGAACGAAUGUAAGGUUGAUGUCCAACAGUCAAAGAGGCUGAUAAGAAAAACUGAGCAACAAUCUGUCUCCAUUCCCUGCUUCGUCAACACAUCCUGCCUGAAUCUCAAGCCUCAAAUCUCCUGGUUUGUGUUCAAGAAAGAUUCGCACGAUCAGAUAAAUCUGAGCAGUCAGCCACUGAAGUUCACCCUGAAUCAGGGGGAUCUGACAAUCCAGUCUCUGUCAAAAGCAGACUGUGGGGUUUAUUAUUGUGCCGCGGCUCUGCUGGGGCACACAAAUGAAGGGGCGCAGGCCAUUGGAAAGGGAACCACUCUCAAAGUCUCAGAGCAAGGCUUUACCACUGGACAAGUACUGCUGUUUGCACUGCUAGUCCUGCUAUCAGUGUACAGUUUGCUCAUCCUUGGAAUCCUCAUUUGCAUAAAGACCGGACAGUUCAAAUCAGUCUUCAAAAGAAGAUUGGGCAAAAAUGAAAACAAGGAGGAUUUUUCUAAGCAAGUGCUUUUCAGUGGAGUGGUGCAAGAACUGUACAAGAGGAACUUACCAAAACAUGGCAAAAUACAGACGCACAAAGAUCCCCAAGACAAGCCCAAAGGUCAUGAAAACGUGCAGCCUAAUAAAGAUGUUUACCAAAAUCUUGAUGAGUAAAGGAAAGCAAAUGCCCUAAUCAAUUCCUGACCUGCUCAUCAACAAAACCUACAUCUUCCUGAAAACCUGAAAGCUUCUGUUUUGGGAAAACCUCAACCUAGAGGAAUUUUUGCAUAAUUUAAAAAUCUGUCAUGUUCACUUUUGUACUGCUAUUUUUACGGCUGAAAUGUGAUGCAAUAUGCUAUAUGGCUAUUGGUUUACCCAAAAUUGCAACAUGUCUGUUGAUGACCUUCCUGUCACAAGUGUUUAACAAUUUAUGUAUGGUCAUUAAUAUUAGACCCUUUUCACAAGACUGUUGUGACGCAUUUAACAGGCAUAAGCAUCUGAAAUCCUUAAACGUUUUUAAUAUAUAUAAAUGUAUUUACAUAUGUAUUAUAUCAUCUUUGCAUCAACAUACUGCUUAUGUGAGGCAUUUGUAAUGCAGCAUCUAUAGACAGGACAGUAAAUUUGAUGUUACUCUCUUUUUGCUGUCCCACACAUUUUAUUUUUCAUUUGACUGAAUGUCUUGAUAACACCAUUAUUCAGUUUUUCUUAUAUUAUUUCAGCAAAUAGGCUUGUAAAAAAAUAUGUUGUCGUACUCUCCCAGUCACUUCACACUAAGUUUACCCAACUAUGACGACUUCCGCUACUGAGAAAUCUGGAAAUGUGAAAAGGGUCCAUUUGAAACUGUAUUAAAGGGAUAGUUCACCCAA